UUCUGACGGUACCCAUUUACUGCAGAGGAUCCAUUGGUGAACAAGUGAUGCAAUGCUAAUUUUAUCCAAAUCCGUUUUGAUGACGAAUCAAACUCCUCUGUAUCAUGGAUGAUCUGAGGGCGAGUAAAUUGUUCAUUUUUGGGUGAACUAUUCCUUUAAAUCUCUUAAGGCACACACAACCUUAAUUUGCAUACACAUACCUUAAUGGCAAACAAAAUAAAUUCAGCCACUGUUGUGCUAAUGUCAUUUACUAAUAUUUUGUCACAUUACACAGUCUUGCCAGCAUAGUACUAGCAUGACAUGCAUUUCAACAAUCACAGCGGUGGUUUAAAUCAGUGCCCAUGCUGUGAAAAACAAUCAUUUGCCUAAAGUAAAUACUUUUUUGUGUGUGUGCGUGAUUUGGCUGCAGUUAUGCAACUGAAUAGUGGUUCUUUUUAACUUAAGACCCUUUUCUAAAAAUGUUUAUUUCAUUUAGCUUCCACUCGAUCCCUAAAAUACUGUUUAAUUCAGUGAGGAUAGGACUAGAUAUUUAAGAAGUAAAGCUACAUUGGUUUCAGAGUUCUGUUAUAGAUGAAAAGCUGCUUAAUGCUUUAGCUAAAGGCCUUAUUUACUGCUGUGGCCACUCUAAGAUGUGCUUAUGGCUCUUACCCCAGAAUAUUAAAUAAGUGCCUAGUGGAUCUGUAAUGGUUUUCCCGACAUCAGAUAGUAAAUGCUGUUAAUGCUAACGAUGCUGGGCAUUCCUGAAGAGAACAUGUAGUCCACAUCACACUGUUAGUGAUUGAGAUUGGUAUGAUAUGCUGAAAUAAGCUCAACGAGAUUCAGAUCCCACAAUUUAAAAUGAAACAAAUAGGCCGUAAGCAUAUUACAGAUGUCCACAGCACUUCCUUGAAGUGUGGAGUUUCUUUAGGGAAAAUGUCUGUUUUAGAGUCAUUAGACCUGCUGAAUGUCCUGUGCUUUGAGUUACUUUGACAGUAUCACUUCCAAGCCUGAUCUGGAACACCUCUUUUUCCCAGGGUUCACUGCCAUCACAGCAACCAACCCGAUCUGGCUUAUAAAGACUCGAUUGCAGCUUGAUGCCAGGAACCGCGGAGAAAAGCGCAUGAGUGCAUUUGAGUGUGUCCGGCGGGUCUAUCAGUCAGAUGGGUUACGAGGAUUCUACAGGGGCAUGUCUGCAUCUUAUGCUGGCAUAUCAGAGACUGUCAUCCACUUUGUCAUCUAUGAAAACAUUAAACGCAAACUCAUUGAGUCCAAGGCCAACGCUAACAUGGAUGACGAAGAUGAAUCUGUAAAAGACGCUUCGGACUUUGUGGGAAUGAUGCUGGCUGCUGCCACAUCCAAGACUUGUGCCACUUCAAUUGCGUAUCCUCAUGAGGUUAUUCGUACCAGACUACGUGAGGAAGGCAGCAAGUAUCGUUCGUUCUUCCAAACUCUAAAUAUGGUGAUCCGGGAGGAGGGUUACAGAGCAAUGUACCGAGGCCUCACUACUCACCUGGUCCGACAGAUCCCUAACACUGCUAUUAUGAUGUGCACCUAUGAGCUGGUGGUCUACCUGCUCAAUGGUUAACAGAUAGAGAGAGACCAGGAAAGAGAGGGAGAGAGGCAGAGCAAAAGAGAGACGAACAGGGUGAGAAAGCAAAAGCUAGAUGGAGACCGAGAGAGAUUGUCCCAGGCUUAGACCAAAGGAAGAAGAACAAGUCCUAGAAAUGCAUUGUCAACUCAGACCCCCAAAGGGGGCUGUAGUCUCCGAGAACGAGAGGGAUUCGAGCCUGUCAGACUGGAGAGGGUUUCAAAAAAAAAAAAAGAGAGAGAGUGAUGGCAAACAAAUUUGCUAAUUCUGUCUGUCCAUUUGUUUCAUAAUGUUUUAGGAAAAGUCAGUUUAGAAAGGACAAUCAAAGAGGGGAAUGCUUGAAGAAAAAACAAAAGCCUGAAUUGGCUGAAAUUCUUCAUUCAAGAAAAAAAAUCAUUCUUCGACAACUCUUUCAUUUCAGAAAUUACUUUAUCAGAGCCAUUGCUUUAAGAAAAGAAAAACAAACCAGCCAAGAUCUGAAAUGGCUUGGAGGACUUUAAAGGAAAAAAAAAA